AGGCUUAUAGUUUGUGAUAACCAGGAGAGAACCUGGUUUUCACACGAGGCUACAAAAUGCUCCCUGCGCUCUUUAUUGUGAAGGCGCGCACCGGAAGCGCAGCGGGUUAUUUUCCGCCGGCCUGACACAGCUUCCUGCGAACACACGGUUCCUGGGCGAACAUGGUGGCAAAUUGACAACGGCGUCGAUAUGAGGACGGUGAGGGCUUGAAGACGAGAGGAGGUCCGUCACAGGCUGCGGGCCCACCCGCCGACACCACAGGAGAACCGCUUCGCCAUGUUGGAGGAGGGCAGCGCACGACAGAGGCCGGGGGAAACGUAAAGGCGUCGGGGAGUGUUUGUGAAAACGACGCGCAGAGGAGGACAGCGGCUUCACCGGUCAGCCAUGGAGGAUGCGGCCCGUGGUCGCCAGCGCCUGAUUCCCCAUCCGAGCCCCGCUCCUUUUCAUGGGAAUUACCGGUGAUCGCGAAGGCCAGCCGGGACUACCCACCGCCCGACACCCGAGGGGAGGCAAACGCGGAGCGGACCCCACGUCAAUGACUGUUGCGGCAGAGGAGCCCCCACGGUGGCCGGUUCCCAAAAUAUGACCAGGGGUGCUGGGACGUGUUGGCAGCAAGAAGAUGACGACGGCUUCCAAAUCUGGCUAGAGCCCCCCCGAGACAACCAAAAGCCAUUCACCGACUCAGAGAGGGCGCAGCGAUGGCGACUGUCCUUGGCAUCCCUGUUGUUCCUCACCAUCCUGCUCUCUGAUCACCUGUGGUUCUGCGCCGAGGCCAAACUGGCCCGCACCCGGGACAAGUUCUCCUCCUCCGUGCGCCUCUCCCCCCAGACCCACUCAGCACACCCCAGCCUCAGAGGAAACCCAGAUGCUAUUUUUAUAGGAAACUCCACCAAACAUUUGUGGCGCCUCGAAACUUGCCACCGGGAUAGUUUAUCUAAGAACUGCUUCGCCUUCGCGGACGCCGACCAUCUGUGCAGGGGCCUUUCCGACCAAGAGGGGACGCGGGCGGCUGUAAAUAUGAGCGAUUUGUACCUUUCCUUUUGUAACUCCUACUCGCUGCUGGACCUGUUCUACGGCUCGACGAGUCCGGACAACCUGAACUGCAGCCUCGACGUGCUCGGCGACGGCGACACGACCCGGUGCAGCCUGUGCGUGCAGGCGUACCAGCGCUACGACCAGCACGCCCAGGAGAAGUACGAGGACUUUGAGCUCCUGAGUCAGAAAUACGAGCCGGAGGCAUAUUCGGUGAGGACGUGCAUGGAGCAGUGCAAGACGGCCUAUAAGCCCUGGCUCUGUGCUCAGUACUUCCCCACCACCCAGCAGUCCUGUAAGAAGAAGGUGCCGUGCCGGCAGUACUGCCUGGAGGUCCAGCAGAGCUGUCCGUUCAUUCUGCCGGAUAACGACGACCUGAUCCACGGAGGCAGCCCCAGCUUCAUCUGCACAGGACUCUUGGGAGAUCAUCCAUCAGACAGCGAGGCAGAGUGUUGCGACGUCCGAUGGGACUCCAGAAUGGACAACCCUUCUGGCGGGACUUUAAAAAGGACUGCUUCUUCCUGCCAGCCCGAGGGGGCCUCGGUCACCUCCGCCGCAUCCCCGAGACUGUGCAGCGGGCGACUGAAGAUCUGCCUCUUGGCCCUCGUCCUCCUACACACUGUUAUCGUCAUUUCAGCCUCCCAUAAUUCCACAUUGGUGGGCAUGGCUGCCUUUUUCUCACCGGAGGAGAGUGCUUCUAACGAGGAGUGAACCUUGGGGUCGAAUCAAGGUCAGAGCUUGUAAAGAGUGAUGUCGCUCGAGAGGAUUUUACGGCUUUUACAUUUUCAUCGCUGCCAGGGACACAUCUGGCGAGACACGGUGGGAAUGCCUCUACAAUCUACUGCAGAUGAACCAUCAACCACAGGAAGUGGGAGGGUUUUAACUGGAGCUAAGGGUGCUGGGACUGGACAUAGACAAACCAAGACGUUUGAGAACCACUCCCCUAAAGAACUGACCUCUUGCCACUUGAAACCUGCUCAUUGUUUCUAUUCCAUCCAAAUGUUUUCUAGCAUAUUGUCCCUCCUCUCCUUCCCUCCCUUCCUUCUCUCCACUCUCUCCCUCUGUUUUCAGUGUGUGUGUGUGUGUGUGUGUGUAGCAUGUCAGAUCUUUACUAGAGCCCGACCGAUUUAUCAGCUCCCGACAAAAAUCAGCCGAUACGUGACAAAUCUGCACCAGCUUUAUUUCUGCCAUUAUUAAAACUUAUAUUUCACAGAAGAAACAAAGCAGAAUAUGUUUAUUUUCUUAAGUCAAGUUCUACAUAUUUUGUUGUGUGUGAGUUUUCUUUUUAUUUAUAGAUAUUUAUUACAAAGUUUAUGGUAAUUGGUAAAAUAUCAAGCCUCAAUUACAUUUCUUUUCCCGAUAUAUCUGUAUUUGACAUUUUUUACUGCCUAAUAUUGGUAUCAACCUCGAAAAAUGCAUAUCGGUCAGGCUCUAAUGAUCACCCUUUACACUUUUACUGCUUUUGUUUUUUCCAGGUGCCAGAAUGUUUUGACAUCAACUGUGUUUCACUUUCUUCUCUCCAUCAUUCUUCUGAACUACCUUGUGUGUGAUGUUGCUGGAGCUUCUGCCUGGACCAGCUCACCUCUCUCCUUCACGUGGGGUCUCUGAAAACAAUACAUCUUUGUGAUUCCUCUGUACUCCGAUGUCCAGCUGGUGUUUUGUCCCACGAGAUCCUUUUUUCAACCAAUGACGUGACAUGCCUCCAUGUUUUAGGACCUUAAGUGCUCUGAGACUGGCCGUGCGCUCGCUCUUCUCUAACUUGUCGGGAGAUGAAGGUUCAGCUUGUGGUUACAGGGUGGCGGUGAAGCGGUGGUUAAGCGGUUUACCUCAGACAGUGGGGUUGGGUAUUUGCAGUUGCCAGGACAUGCAUGAAGUCAAAAUACCAGGGGCCUCAUUUAUCUACCAAACAAUUUUCUACACAAAGGAUCCAACGUGUAAUAGUAAAAGUCCAUUCAGGUUUUUAUUUGAUUCAUCUACACCAUUUACCUUAAAUAUUACCUUAAACCACAUCGUUUCCAUAUAUUUAAACUACUUGGACGUUCAUAGGGAUUUCUGUGCCCACAUUAGUUAUUUUGGUGGCGUCUGUAUUCAUGUGCACAUGUGAACAGAUGAGAUUAAUCAGAAACACCAUUUUACUCUCCAUGUAGAACUCGUCCUGUGCUUGGUUGGAUAAAUGAGGCCCCGGGAUCUUGGAGUAGCCAAUGAAGCAGAUUCUGGCAGUGGAGCAAUAUCGAGAAGAAAACAGCCAGUGUUAGCGUUCGCUUCGUGGCCUCUUUGCUGCCGUCGGCUCAACUUUUCAGUAUCGUAGUUGUGCAAGUGCCCAAGAACCAUUCAGUCAAUCAAUCAAUAGUCGACUCUAGAUGUCCCUCACUGGCAAAGGGCUGUGCUAGUGUCAGCGCACGAGGAGUGGGAGGAGUUUUAAAGGGCUGAUCCAUCCCAUUCCUAUGUGUUUUUUUCUGCGUGGCUGCUGCUGCUAAAGUGCACGUUGACAAUGAGGACAUGUCACGAGAGGAUGAGGAAGCAAGAGACGGGACAGAAAGCAAGAUUUAUCCCAAACUAAAGCUGUUUUCAGACGUGACCUCCGGAGGAUGUCCACUGAAUUGGGUUUGGACUUUCUCCGGAGUUUGUCUUUCACACGUGAACAACGCAGCUUUAGUGAUGGGGAUGCUUUUUGUCCUGGUUGCCUCUUGUGCUCAGUUACCGACAGACUGGAGUUGUAACUUCACCUGGUUAUUGACGUGGUAUUAGUGCCUCCUCCCUUCACAGCUUGACUUUACCUCGCCUCACUUACAGUAAUGACCAUUGAUUUACUCGUCUCACACACACACACACACACACNCACACACACACACACACACACACACACACACACACACACACACACACAGCAUCAGUGCUGGAUUUUCAGUUCAUUAACUUGUGUUAAUCUUACGCGAUGUUGUUUUAUUUGUUUUCCUCGACAAACUGGUGAGAGCUACACUCCCAUGAAGACAGCAGCGGAUGUAACAGGCCCUCACUCUGUGCUCCAUCCCUUCCAUCUCCAGCUGUUCAUGAUCUGAGUCCUGUGGAUCUAUGCAGACGAACCCCACCCCGCACUUCCCCACAAACCACCACCACCACCACCCACCCACCCCCUCGUCCUUUCUGUUGUAAAUAUGUCCUGAGGAUGUGGGAUCCCAAAAAUGGCUGUCCCCCCCACGCCCCCUCUCCCACACCCACCCACAGUUGGAAUCUCAGUGUUUUUCUUUUCGCCUCCUCAGUUUUUGUCUGAUUUCUUUUUUUAAUAUUUUUGCCGCAUUUUUCUGUUGUCUAAAGCAGUGGUGUGAGUUGAUGAGUAGGACUAAGUUGGAUGUUAAAAAGAAGAGAAAAAGAGGUCUUACGAAAAAUAUACAAAAAAAAAGCUUGAAUUGAGAAAAGGGUUCAAAUAUAGAGAACAAAAAAUACGUCAUAUUGUCAUACUAGAGAUGCUUUAGUUUGCUAAUUUACUUUCUUUUUUUUCUACAAAAGACUUGGAUGAAAUUAUUUAUAAAAUGCGUCCCACAAGUCAUGAUCUUUUUUGGACGUUAAACAAAUACAUUUAUUAACAUUUUGUUCAAAAGAAAAUAAAUAUAAAUUAUGUUAAACAUUACUGGUGUUUGUAUUUCCUUCACGCUCUGUGUCUUUGACGUCUUAAACUGGCCCCCAUGGUGGCCCCGAAGCGCCAAACACAGCGGCAAAUCUGAAAAUACAAUAUGGGAAAGGGCGGUACCUGCUGUCGACAAGGAUUGUUGCUUAUUGGACGAAUGGAUUGUCCGUCUUUCUAACAGGAAGGAAAUGCUGCUUCCAUGUUCCUUUUUUGCUUCAGUCGUGCGGCACCAAAGCCAUGCAGCGAGGUUCUUUCCCGCUAAAGAGAUGCAC